AUGCAGGCGAUCCAACGGGCCCAUCGGAUCGGACAGACCCGGCCGGUGAAGGCAGUCAGAUUCAUCAGCGCAGAUACAAUCGAGGAGAAGAUCAUCAAACUUCAGGAGAAGAAGCAGCUGGUCUUCGAUGCCUCCAUUGAUGGAUCAAGCACAUCCUUGGGAAAGCUCACUGAGCAGGAGAAAGCCACAGGGGCUUUGAUGGGAUUGAUUGGUUUUGGACACGAUCGAUUCGAGAGGAAGUGCCUGGGCCCACUAACUCGCCUCUGGAAAUCCUCGGAACUGUCCCAAAGUCCGGUCGAAGUGGCGGAUGAGGCCCCAAAAAGCCGUGAAGACCGUCUUUGCCGCCUGGGCCACGGCCCAGCACGCGUGCUGGGCGAAGGCGUGGGUCAUCCUCCAGUGGUCUUUUGCACUCCAGGAAACAGGGAUCUCUGUGAGAAGAUCGUGGCACACUUGAGCUGGAGCAUUGGCAAGGCAGCUGUGAUGGGUGCUGUGGCGGGCAAUGACGAUCGGAUCCUCGUCUCAGACGCCCACAAUGGCUAUGCGCGCUUCCGGACCUUCGCCAACGGGGAGAUCUCGGUGAAGCUGGAGCAAUCCGUCUCGAACUAUGAUGUCUUCGUAGUGUGUGCUCGUGACGACUUCGAGUGUGAGAUCAACUUCAUGCUUAUGCAGUUGCUCAUCAUGCUGGAUGCGCUGAAGUCCGAGUCGCCGCAUCGCAUCACCGUGGUGUUGCCAUGUGUGGAGUACUCACGGCAGGACCGAAAGUUUGAGGCCGGUGAGGCCAUCGCGCCCAAGCUGCUGCUUCACUUGAUGGCUACGGCGGGUGCGGAUCGCUUUGUGACCAUCGACCUGCACAACCAGGCGGAAGUGGGUUUCAGCCCGGCGCAAGCGGCCUUAGACGAACUGACCUGUGAGAAAUACCUUGCAGCGUUCAUCCGCGACAUGAUUCCCAAUUUCAAACCGGAGGAGACUUUGGUGUGUGCCACCGACGCCGGGGGAGCCAAGCGCACUCGCAAAAUGGCUGAUGAGCUUCAGGCACCCCACAAAUGCAGAACUGACAAGUUGCUUGCUGCAAGUUGUUCAAGGGUUCUUUGUGCAGUUCUUGCAUGA